GUGUAAAAUGGCGCACAGCUGUCGGUGGCGGUUCCCCGCUCGGCCCGGAGGGAGCAGCAACUCCGGUACCGGGAGGAGAGCGGGCCGAAUCAGAGUUACUGCCUCUUUGCGGAGUGUAUCGGGCGCCCACCCAAACGCAGCUGGACUCGGACCCGGGUUUGAUGCUGCACUACAGGUCUCUUCAGUUAUCGGGAGUAACCUGCAGAAAUUUCGGGAUGUUUUGGGGGAAUCGAGCGACUCGAGCAGCGCAGAGGAAGAAGCCUUUGGAGGAUUUGGAACAAUUGUUGAACAGACAGGAAUACAGAGCCCUUCACCAACUUCUUCAGGCACACCCAUACAAGAAAAAAAGCCCAGAGGCCGUCCCCCACGGGCCCUGACUGCCCAGAAAGCUGCUGCGAGUCUACCUAGCCCUUUGCCCCUUCCCUCUCCAACACAAGCCAAACCUGAGGGCCUUGCAAGGCCAGCAGAGAAAGUGAAAAGGCUACCUGGGAGGCCACCUGGCACUGGGGAGAAGAGAAGAGGCCGGCCACCCUCUUCAAGUAGCAGGAAAGCAUGGAGUACUGGCAGCCAUGCAGCAGGAGAGGAUGGUAGGCACACGGGAUUUGAGUUGGGUGUGGAGACAGAGGAGGACAGAAAAGGCACCAAAAGGCUGCAGGUGGGCUCUACUCAGUCUCAUGACACUGAGGCAAAGCUUCCCAAAGGUGACCGGGGUGAAUCCAAAGUUACCCACCUGAAGAGGCUGACAGAGACUAACAUCACCCCUCCUGAGUCACAUCUCAAAGCCUUGCCUGGCAUGCCCCGACGCAGACGCGGGAGACCACCCUCGGCUGAGCGGCUCAAAGCUGCAGCAGCUGCUGUUGCACAGCUGUCUACCUCCAUUGAAGGUGGUGAAGGGAAAAACAAAGCCUUUAGGGUUAGAGGGGGGGAAUCACACAUUACUCAGCAGCCAAUGCUGAGGAACAUGGAUGGUACUGAGGACCAGGACUCUUCCAAUACACUUGCCUCUCCAUCUCCCCGCAAACCAGGCAGGCCAGUGGGCCUCAGAAAAAGCCCUCGGCAUAGAAAGCCAGUCAGAAUUGUCCCUCCUUCUAAACGGACUGAUGCCACAAUUGCAAAACAGCUGCUGCAGCGUGCUAAGAAAGGAGCGCAGAAGCGAUUGGAGAAAGAAGCUGUAGCUAUCGGGGGUAGUGGGACAAGGACCACAGAAGCUAGCAUCAGAAAGACCCAGCUGAAGAACAUUAGGCAAUUUAUCAUGCCUGUGGUCAGCACAGUUUCCCUUCGCAUUAUUAAAACUCCCAAGCGCUUUAUUGAAGAUGAGGGCAGUUUUGGAACCCCGCCCCCCCAAGCAAAGAUGGCACGGUUAGAAACACCUCACUCAUCUGUCUCCACAUCUGCCCAACCCACAUCUACCACCUCUGCAUCAUCUUCUACUGCACUUGUCUCCGUUACAUCCUCUGCUGCUAGCAGUGGUACGACUGCUACUGUCAACUCCCAACCUCCUCCAUCAUGUCCUGCCCCUGUCCCCACUGUUCCAACAACAGCUGCCAAUCUGCUCAACAACAACACCAACAACGCGGCCAAUGGGAGAUUUAGUGGUAGUGCGCCAUCUUGCGGCUCAAGUGCUGUGUCUCAGCAUUCCUCUCAACUCUCCUCUGCAGAGUCUUCCAGGUCCAGCAGCCCAAGCUUGGAUGACUCAUCUUGUGAUUCCCAGGCUUCUGAGGCCACACAGGCCUUGUCAGAGCCAGAGGAUCAUUCUCCAUCAUCACAAGGAGAAAGGGAGGCCAAUCUGUUAGACAGCUCACGACCUCCUUCUCCUCCUUCUGAACCAGAACCAGAACCAGAGCAUGUUUUGGCAGAAAGGAGCCGAAGAGGACGGAGAGUGCAGGGAGUUGGCCAGGGAAGUCAGAAACAGAGGGUGAGAGAAACUCUACCCAGUGGGGCUAAAAAGCCAAUAAUCAGCCCACCAACAGGAGUACUGAUGUCCUCCUCUACUCUAGUUAAUUCCCAACAAGCUUCAACCACAGCUUCUUCCCCUUCUUCACCUCCUCCUCUCCUCACUCCUCCCCAGCCUCCCCAGUCAGGUUCGUCCAGCACAGCUACCAUUAGUGAACACCAUCCCCAGUCAUCCUGGAUGCCUCACCCCAUCCCACCAUUUAUGCCUGGCCCCUCAGUACCGUCUGGCUUGUCAGAAAAGCGAAGUCGCUCAAUUCUAAGAGAGCCCACCUUCCGCUGGAUAUCCUCGGCCCACCCUAAACAGCAGUACUUUUCAUCUGCUAAAUAUGCCAAGGAGGGCCUCAUCCGAAAGCCUAUAUUUGACAAUUUCCGUCCUCCCCCUCUCACACCUGAAGAUGUGGGGCUGUUGCCCCAAGGUGUUACAGGAGCAGGAGGAUCUGCUCCUGUUGGAUUUCAAGCACCAGGCACAGGAGCAGGGACUCGUUUCUUUGCACCUCUUCACCCCCACCUCCACCCCCAUCACCAGCAUCCCCCAUCAUCCCGCUUUGAUACACCAAUCCAGAAGCGCAUCCCACUGCUUCGUGCUGCUCGUUUUACACCUAGUGAAGCUCAUUCUCGAAUAUUUGAGUCUGUUACCUUACCGUCAUCUUCUGGGAGCAGCCCUGGCUCACUCUCCCCACACCAGACAUCCUCUAGUUGUAACAGAACCUCAAGGCGCAGGAGACGACUGGAUCAAGGAGCACAGCGGGGCCAUCCACGGUCUCCAUCACACUCUAUGACCAGACGUAGCAGCCAAAUAGGAGGUCAGACACCUGUGGGGAAAGGUGCCUCUGAGAUGUCUGUGUUGACAGGCUCUGUCUCCUGUAGUAAUCCCAGCUCUUUGCCAGGGGUUUCUGUAAGUCCACUAGCCACUAGUGCCUUAACACCUGCUACUUUCAGCGCCUUCCCCACUGUCCCUCGGGGUCUGGCCUCACAAGGAACACCUGAUAGCAGAAGAGGAGCAACUGGAACCCCAUCUCCUAUGUCAGCAGCAUCAUCUGCUUCUUCCCCUCUUUUCCCUCUCUUUCCUGCCAGUGCUCAGGACACAGGAAGAGGAGCUGGGAAAGAGAAAAGCCUGUCUGCUCCACAAGAACCUGCUCCAAAGGAAAAAGAUAAGGACUCUGAGAAGAAUCGUGAGAAAGAGAAGGAAAACAAGCGGGAAGGGAGAAAGGACUUGGAGAAAAGAAGUAAAGCAUCUACACCUGAUGGCUCCCCCAAUGCACCUUCCAGCCUGUUUACUGCAGAUGGGAGGGAUUCAGAAGGUGCCCUCUUACCUCUUGCACCAAAAAAGACUCCAGGGAGAAAAAAAUCAACAUCAGUUGACACAGUUUCUGACACUGCUUCGUCAGAGGGCCGUGGGCUCCAUCUCAUAUCCAUCGCUAAAGGGCGUCCACCUAAAAAAGGCAGACCUUCUGAAAAAGGAGCAGAAGCAGAAGAUGGGGAGAAGGAGAAAGAGAAGCGAAAUACGUCUAGCCAGCAAACAGCAAGCCUACCAGGACAGCCAAGCAGACAUCAGCUUCCUGUCUCAUUGAUGGUGAAACAAGCAGAGCAACAUCCUUUGACUGACGGGCGGAUAGUUGGACUACUGAAGAAGGCCAAAGAUCAGCUCAUUGCUAUAAAGAAGAAUAAGCUGAAGCCUGCAGAUCAGACUAAGGUCCAGGGUCAGGAGAGUGACUCAUCGGAGACCUCAGUCCGUGGUCCACGGAUCAAACACGUAUGCCGUCGCGCAGCUGUGGCUCUUGGACGUAAUCGGGCAGUCUUCCCUGACGACAUGCCCACACUUAGUGCCUUGCCCUGGGAGGAGAGAGAGAAGAUUCUAUCUUCCAUGGGAAAUGAUGAUAAGUCAUCAGUAGCAGGCUCAGAGGAGGCAGAACCGCAGUCUCCUCCCAUAAAGCCACGGGAGACGCGGCAGAAGGCUGUUCAAGAAGCUCCUCCGAAAAAGGGGCGUCGCUCACGGCGCUGUGGCCAGUGCUCAGGCUGCCAGGUUCCAGAAGAUUGUGGCGUCUGCACCAAUUGUCUUGACAAGCCCAAGUUUGGAGGACGAAACAUUAAAAAGCAAUGCUGCAAGAUGAGAAAGUGCCAGAACUUGCAGUGGAUGCCAUCAAAGAUGUUUCCUCAAAAGCAAGGCAAAGGCAAGAAGGACAAGAAAAAGAACAAGCUGACCGAGAAAAAGGAGGGUCUCAAUCCAGUAAAAGGACCCAAUUCAGAGUCUAGCUCCAAGCCUACUCCUGUCCCACCAAAGGAGGAUCCUCCUCGUAAAAAGAGUGAAACUCCCCCUUUAAAGCCAAUAGAAGAGAAAUCAAGACAACAGACACUGUUGAAGCAAUCAUCUCCAGGCCUCUCCUCUUCUCCUGCUUCGGUUGAACCCACUCAGGCCUCCAGCAUAGCUACGUCACAGGCUCAGUCUCCAGCUCUCACACAAGAUCCCAAACAGGUCUCAGUCACGAGCAGUACCACCACAAAAAAGGGACAUAAGCCACAGCAGCCUGUACAGGGUUCGGCAUCUGUGUUAUCGACUUCUUCAUCCUCAUCAUCGUCCUCUGUGACUUCUUCGGCCCAGAAUUCCCCCUCCCAGUCCACACAGUGUCACCAGUCAUUGCAACAGCAGCAACGGCCACUUACCACUCAGGCGCCUUCACAAAAAGAUGCUUCACCCAAGAUUUCUCUGAGCGAACUCAAGAAGAAACCGCAACAGCACACAACACCACAGCAAAACUCUUCUACAGCAGCUGACUCCAAACAGGUAAAGAAGCCAACUUCUAGAUCUGUUUCUCUGUCCCCUAAACAGAAACCAAAAGACAAGCCGCUGACCACCAAACCCCCCAGCCGCAGUACUUUAAACUUGCUGAGCACUCCCUCGUCUAGGGACCAGGUGAAGUCCAGAGCACCCUGCGACGGAGUGCAUCGCAUCAGAGUGGAUUUCAAGAGGGACCAUGAUGUGGAGAAGGUGUGGGAGGCUGGAGGUCUCAGCCUGCUCACUUCUGUGCCUGUCACACCCAGGGUGCUCUGCUUUUUAUGUGCAAGCAGUGGAAAUUUUGAGUUUGUCUUUUGCCAGGUAUGCUGUGAGCCAUUUCAUCUCUUUUGCCUGGGGGAGUCAGAGCGCCCUCUCCAGGAGCAGUUUGAGAACUGGUGUUGUCGCAGAUGCCGAUUUUGCCAGGCCUGUGGGCGCCAGCACCAGAAAGCUAAACAGCAGCUGCUAGAGUGCGAUAAGUGCCGCAACAGCUAUCACCCGGAGUGCCUGGGUGCUAACUACCCUACCAGACCCACCAAGAAGAAGAGAGUCUGGAUUUGCACCAAGUGUGUGCGCUGUAAGAGGUGUGGAGCCACUAAACCUGGGAAGUCCUGGGAUGCCCAGUGGUCACAUGACUUCUCCAUGUGUCAUGACUGUGCCAAACUCUUUGCUAAAGGGAACUUCUGUCCACUGUGUGAUAAGUGCUAUGAUGAUGAUGACUUCGAUAGCAAGAUGAUGGAGUGUGGCCGCUGCAACCACUGGGUUCAUGCUAAGUGUGAGAAUCUUACAGAGGAAAUGUAUGAACUGCUGUCAAAGCUGCCAGAGAGUGUCACUUACACGUGUACCAAAUGUACCGAACACCAUCCGGCCCAGUGGAGAACAGCACUGGAGAGGGAGCUUCAGGGCUGCAUUCGUAAUGUUCUCAAUGCACUGCUCAAUUCACGCACAUCUACACACCUGCUACGCUACAGACAGGCGGUCAAGCCUCCAGAACUGAAUCCGGAAACAGAGGAGAGUCUUCCAUCCCGUCGUUCCCCAGAGGGCCCGGAUCCUCCAGUCCUUACUGAAGUCACCCCCACUCCUCCCAGUGACUCCCCUCCAGACCUGGAGUCAGUUGGGAAAAAGAUGGAUCAAGGCCGUUACAGUUCAUUGCUGGAGUUUAGUGAUGACAUCGUCCGAAUCAUUCAAACCGCCAUCAACAGUGACGGAGGUCAGCCAGAGAGCAGGAAAACCAACAGUAUGGUGAAGUCUUUCUUCAUUCGGCAAAUGGACCGAAACUUCCCAUGGUUCAAAGUCAAAGAGUCCAGAUUCUGGGAAAGACAAAAAGUCUCUGCCAACAGUGGGCUCCUCCCCAAUGCUGUGCUGCCUCCAUCCCUGGACCACAACUAUGCCCAGUGGCAGGAAAGACUGGAGCUUUCCCGUGCUGAGCACCCUCACUUCAUGAAAAAGAUCAUCCCAGCUCCCCAGCCCAAGAUUCCCGGUGAACCGGAUUCACCAGCCUCUCCUCAUCCGCUUCCUCCCCCUCUGCCUCCACCACCCCCACUCCUACCAGAUCAAGAGGACAGCCCAGAGCUCCCUCCUCCGCCAGGGGUCACUGAUAACAGGCAAUGUGUCCUUUGUCUCAAAUAUGGAGAUGAAAACACUAAUGAGGGAGGUAGGCUGUUGUAUAUCGGGCAGAAUGAGUGGACCCAUGUGAACUGCGCUCUCUGGUCUUCUGAGGUGUUUGAAGAUGAUGAUGGCUCUUUGAAAAAUGUUCACAUGGCUGUUCUCAGGGGAAAACAGAAGCACUGCGAGAAGUGUCAAAAGACUGGGGCCACAGUCAACUGCUGCCUCACCUCCUGCACCAGUAACUACCACUUCAUGUGUGCCCGCCAGUGCCAUUGUAUCUUCUUGGAAGACAAAAAAGUCUACUGUCCAAAGCACAGGGACCUUAUCAAAGGAGAAGUGGUGUCUGAGUUUGAGGUAACCCGCAGAAUUUUGGUAGACCUGGAGGGCAUUAGUCUCAGGAGGAAGUGGUUGGCAGGACUGGAGCCUGAAAAUGUCCACAUGAUGAUAGGCUCCAUGACAAUUGAUUGUUUGGGAAUCCUGACUGAACUCUCAGACUGCAAACGCAAGCUCUUCCCUGUAGGAUACCAGUGUUCAAGAGUGUACUGGAGUACUUUAGAUGCUCGAAAACGCUGUGUAUAUACCUGUAGGAUAUUAGUUUGUCACCCUCCAGUGUCUGAGUCUGAUCUGAAGAGCCUGACAGCUCCUGAGGCAAAUCGGACAAUUGCACACAGCCCACCUCCCAUAACAGACUUUCCUGAUCCGUUUGAGACACCAAGGCGCUCUGAAACCCUUUCCCCUGCCAACACCUCCAAGCUCAGGGUUUACACCAGAAACCGGCACCCCAGCUACCCCCCUUGUCAGCGCUCAAUAGGCCUAAGGCCCAUGCCAUUGCCAGGUGGCACACUGCAACCCCGAAGCCAUGAGAUUGUGACUAUGAGAGACUCUCCAGUGAACCCGAGCAUGUGGAAUAUUGACUCACGACGUCACAGCUCCCCUUCUCUCUCUCCACCUCUUCCCCACCAGCUGAACAGACAGAGAAGGCUGACCUCUCCACCUCAGAAUUUCUCACGACCUCUUACCUCACCCCCUCCCCUUAUACCCUCCCCAGCCAGAGACCCUGAAAAAUCCAAACACCCCAGCAAAGACUCAACAAAAAGUCCAGUCCGAAGAGAUGAUGAUAGAGGUAGACAGUUAUCAACAGACAGAAACAGACUGCAGUCAACCAGAGACCAAGGUCUGAGAGAUGCAGACAAGGGGAAGACAUCGAGUCGAGACCAUGCUUCCAAGGACCCUGACAAGAGUAGAUCGUGCAGAGAGCUUGGGCCAAAAGAUCCAGACAAGGUCGAAAUAUCAUCCAAAGAGCUGGAAAAGAGGAAACCAUCAAGUAAAGACUCAGGGCUGAAAGACUCUGAGAGUGGAAGACCUGCCAGUCGAGAUCUCUCAAGAGACUCAGAAAAGGGUAGACAAGCAAACAGAGACUCUGACAAAGGAAGACAGGCAAGCAGAGAGUUGAGCACUAGAGAAACAGAUAAAAGUAAAUCAUCAUCUAGACAUCCCAGCUUUAAGGAUAUGGACAAGGCAAGGUCACAUAGCAGAGAUAUUGGACUAAGAGACUCUGAGAAGCAUAGACAAUAUAGCAGGGAAACAGGAAAAGACUCAAACCAAGGUAAAGACAGGCCUUCCAGCAGAGACUCUGACAAAGGUAGACCUUCCUCUAGAGAUUCCAGUUAUAGAAGCACAGAGAGAAACAAAGACUCUGGCUCAGGGAAAGAUAGUAAUGCUGGUAAUCAGAACAAACAGGUUGGAAGUGAGAGUAAGAGUUCAAGACUGGUACCUGCAGGCCCAGGCCAGCCUUCGCUUCCAGUGGGCACUGCUGUUCUGUCAAGUCAGCAGAGAAGUGGCAGCACCAAGCAGGUAGACAAAGGGAAACACGGAAGCAGAGACCAGGACAUUUCUGCAAGUCUCAGUUUGUUACCUCAUCACCGAUGCACCCCUGCCUCAAACAUAAUCCCAUGCAAGGACAAGCCCAGCUCAGGGAAAGAGAGUAGCAGUGGCACUGGAAACAUAAUACAAUCUCCACUCCAUAAGGACUGUGUUGUUGGGAAAUCUACUUCCCCACAAAAGUCCAGUACACGGAAGUCGAAUGAUUUGUCAUCAGGCCCAGCCACAGCAGCAGUUGUGAAGCCUCUGUGGUCAUCAAGGAUGUCUGGAGACGAUGAUGCUGCCAAACGGGCCUCUACACAUCAACCCUCCCCAUCUGCGCCCUCAGCUGCCAAAGACAAGCACCCCAAAGUUAAGACAGCCAGCAGCAGAGAUGUGCCUAAAGACCGAGAUAGAGAGAAGACCCUUCAAAACAACAACAGCAACAGCAAAAUUACAUUUCUCAAUAAUAACACAAAAUCUCCUGGCAGCUCUAACACGCAUGCUUCAAACUCCAGCUCUUAUAACAGCAGCAAUAGCAAAACUCCAGCUCUUGGAAAUGCUUCCAAAGCUCAUGGGAAGGCUCAGGGGGAGAACCAGGGAGCAGAAAGGUCAUCCUCAAAGAGCAGGGAAAAUUAUUCUUGUCCAGAGAGGAAGAACAGCUCCAGCCUGGACAACUUGCAGCAGCUGCAGCAGACUAGUUUAGCUACAGAGAAAGGCAUGAAGUCCUCUAUUCAGUCUCACACCAAACAGACAACUAAUCAACUGCCGUUUUCCUCCAGAGAGAAAAAGAGAUCAGCUAAACUGUCUACUCCAGCUGCACCGAAGACUGAUAUCAAGACUGACCCUAAUGGGACCGGUGCCAUUGGUGGUAUUUCUUUGUCCUCCUGUCCAACAAGCACUGCCUCCACUGUCUCGUCUGCUGGACAGGGGUUUCAUCGCUCUGCCCGCUCCACCCUCUUUUCCUCACCGUCUGCCAGCAGUAGUGACAGCUCAGAAUCGGACACCCAGACCCAAACUGAAGAAGAUAAUUUGCGCAAGCAGCAUUUGUGCAGCGAGCUCAGAGACCACCACAGUCACCACACCCAGUGCACGGAGGACGAGGGUGAUGGCCCAGAGGACGACCAUGACAGAGGCAUGGAGGACAAGCAUCAUGAGGAUGACAGUGAUGGCUCUGGGUCAGCCAAAAGACGCUACCCUCGACGCAGUGCCCGUGCACGUUCCAACAUGUUUUUUGGCCUCACACCCUUUUAUGGGGUUCGUUCGUACGGUGAAGAAGACCUUCCCUUUUAUGGCAGCAGUGAUGGAGCAGGAGCUGUGGUCAAGAGGAGGACUGGCGGGCGUAAAAAGUCAGCUGAGGGGCAGGUGGAUGGAGCAGAUGAUAUAAGCACUUCAUCGUCAUCAGGGGACAGUGAAGAGGAUGAAGACAACGGAGUGAAACACAGGAGUAAAGAUCCUUACUACUACAACUUCACUCGAACAGUAAUAAACUCUGGUGAGGGCCUUCCAUCUAUUGAAGGAUUAGACCAGUGUCUGGGGAGGGGAUCCCAGCUUCAGCGCUUUCUGAAAGAUGAGGAGCAGCAACAACAAAGAGCUCAAGAAAAAGCUGAAGAAGACAUGAUGAAUUCUUUGACUUCAGGCAAGCAGCAAAUCGGCCAGCUUGAUGGCAUUGAUGAUGGCUCGGAGAGCGAUACCAGCAUCUGUACCACCAGCACCACAACCACUACAACCACCUCCUCUUCCACCCCACAUAAGAGUGCUCCUAAGAGGAGAGGCAGAGAAAGGCACUCUGAGAAACCUGACUCCCAUGACUCAAGUAAGGAGGCUGGUAACAGUGGUGGAGCAGUAAGUGGGAACACACGAGAAAGCAGAAAAAACCAGAAGGAAAAUUGUCUUCCUCUAGGAAGUGGAGUCAAAUCCCAGCCACAGAGUCAUGGUCAGGAUCCUCUUGAGGCUCAGCUCUCCCUCAACACAGACCUGCUUAAAUCUGACUCCGACAACAACAACAGCGAUGACUGUGGGAACAUUUUGCCUUCAGAUAUCAUGGAGUUUGUCUUGAACACGCCUUCCAUGUCAUUGCCAGCUCUGGGCCAGCAGUCUGAACCGCCAUCCUCAGAGCUUCUGCUGGAUGAGAGCUACGUGGGCGUAGAUGUUAACAGGCGCAAAGAUAUUUUGUUUGAUGACUUCUCUCAGCCGCUGCCCAGCACUGAGAGCGGAGGGGUCGUGGAGAGUAGUGUAAAUAGCUCCAUAUCUGUAGAUGAGCCAUAUCUUCCACUAGAGCUACCUUCUGACCUCUCUGUUUUGACCACUCGCAGCCCAACUGUCAGCACAAGUCAGAACCACACUGCUGGGAGUCUCAUCUCAAAUACCUCAGACCGUACUAUCCUAGGCUUGAACUCUGACCCAGAGAACAUCAGUGGAGAAAAGAGUGGAGACAAGAAGAGAGCAAGACAAGACAUGUCGCCAUCAGAGAAUCAACAUGAUGGUACAGCUCUGGGAAACAGGGACUCGCAGGUCACAGAAGGUCACAUGACUCCAGAACAAUUCAUUCCCAGCCCUGCCAUUGGUCAGGUGGUUGAACCUCCAGCUAAUCAGGAUGCUCCCAGGAGUUCCAGUACCACUGGUUUGUCGAGUUCUCCAUCAAUGCCUCUUCAGGGUCAGAAGUACCUCCCAGCUGCAGCUGCAGGUAGCCCCAGUCCAGUGCCUGGCCCAGGACCUUCACAGGCACAGGUUUCCAGUGCAGCAGUUAUCAAACCAGCCCCUGACAAGCUGAUUGUGGUUAAUCAGCAAUUUCAGCCUCUUUAUGUCCUUCAGACUGUCCCUAAUGGCGUUACACAAAAAAUUAGUGCCACAGGAGUGAUGGACUCUACUUCUCCUGCAGUGCUUAGCCCCAUGACAAUAACCACAGGGUUGAAUGCUGGUAUAUCUACGGCCCAGUCGAUAUUUCCUGCCAGUGGCAAAGUCCUAGGAACCAUACCUCACCCCUCUCAGAUUCAUACCUUUACAGGAGCCACACAGACAAGCUUCCAGGCAGGACUCCCUAGUACCACCUCCGGGCUUCUCAUUGGUCUUUCCUCCCAGCCUCAUGACCAAUCCCAGAUUCUGGUCUCAGAAGCUGGCCGACCUCAUGAGUUGGGUCCUAGUGUUGCUAUAGUUUCCAGUCCCUCUUCCCUCACUUCUUCCCCAGCUGUACAGGCCUCUCCUCACGGCAAGAAGAGGCCAAUCUCUCGUUUACCAAGAAAAGGCAAAAAGGUGGCUCGCUCCCGCAGCCAGCCCACUCUGGCUCCAUCUGACGUUGGCCCUCCCAACAUGACUCUCAUUAACCUGUCUUCCCCACAGAUAACUGCAAGCAUCUCUGGCCAACCUGGUGGCCUGGUUGAGUUAAGCCCCCUCUCCACUUCCCAGCGCAAAGUUCCUAAUAUCAUCAAGAGACCAAAAUCUGGUGGGGUUAUGUACCUGGAUCCCACUGCUCUUCUUCAGCAGAGGAUUCCCGGUACCACCCAGCCUGGAAUCCUGGGUCAUGAUUCCUCUACUCAUCUCCUACCUUGCACAGUCUCUGGUCUCAACCCUAGUCAGUCUGUGUUGAAUGUUGUGUCUGUGCCCCCUAGUGGUUCUGCUGGUCUUCUUCCACCAGGAUCAGUGUCACUCUCCACUCCUGUCUUAAGCUCUGCUGAGAUCACAGGACCAAUUAGCAAUCUGCUUUUUAAAGCAAAUCCACAUGGUUUGGGGCUGUCAGAUCAGCCAGUGGUCCUUCAGUCAGCAGGGGGAGCUCCUCUAAUGUCACAGCUUGGCUCUUCUGUUCAAACAUCCAUAGCAAGCAGCAUCUGUGUCCUGCCUACCCAACAAACAAUCAGCAUGGCUGUCAACCAGCAGAAAGAGUCAGAGGGCAGUAACUUCCAUUUCCAACAUCAGCCUCAGCCUAUUAGCACCACUCAGACUGUGGACACAUGUCCAAAUAAUAAUGCCACUCUGUCUCCGAGUCCAUCCACCCCUUUAAGCCCCACGAAGGGGCGUGUUGUUGGAGUUCUGACGCAAACACAGACCUCUGCACAUUGUCGGAGUAGCAGAACAACACCUGUUUCUAAAUCAUCAGAGCAGAGACUACCUAACUCCACCACAGUAGCAUCAGGCACACAUUUAGGAACAGAAAAAAGCAAACAGAAAGCGAAAAGGAGCAGACAGAGUUCAGACAUGAGCAGCGGGAAGAAGUUCAAGGUCACUCAGACGGAGGGUCAUCGCAACUCUGCAGGACAGCUCCCGCCCUCAAACCCAAGCUCCAGGGAGCUGAACUCUCCUGAACCUAUGGACACAGGCAAGCUCCCAGAUAAGGUUUCCAACAAGAGUGUCUAUGGUAAAAAGAAGACAUCUGAAAGGCAUGCUUUACCAGGGAAAGUUGGAAAAGAUGAACCAUCUGCAGUUGGUGGAGUAGGGUCUCUUCCUGUGGAUUCACCGCCCGAUCAGGAUGGCAACAGCAGGGAUUCUGGCUUGGAUAGCAAACCCAAAAAGGGCAUCAUCUUUGAAAUCUGCAGUGAGGACGGCUUCCACAUUCGCUGUGAGAGUAUUGAAGAGGCCUGGAAGUCCCUGACUGAUAAGGUGAAGGAAGCUCGCUCCAAUGCACGACUCAAAGAGCUUUCUUUUGAAGGUGUGAACGGCCUGAGGAUGCUGGGAGUCGUCCAUGAGGCUGUCGUCUUCCUGCUGGAGCAGCUAUACGGAUCCAAACACUGCCGAAGUUAUCGUUUCCGCUUCCACAAGCCAGAGGAAUCUGAUGAACCUCCACUCAACCCCCAUGGCUCAGCUCGUGCAGAAAUCCACCACAGGAGGUCUAUAUUUGACAUGUUUAAUUUCUUGGCCUCCAAACAUCGCCAGCCACCUGAGUACCGGCCGCAGGAGGAUGAUGAUGAGGAAGGGCAGCUCAGGACUGCCAGGCGUGUCUCCACGGAGCUGCCACUUGCUGUGAGGUUCAAACAGCUGAAAGCCACCUCGAAGGAAGCUGUUGGAGUCUACAGGUCUCCUAUUCAUGGCCGUGGUCUGUUCUGUAAGAAAACCAUUGAGGCUGGGGAAAUGGUUAUUGAAUACUCUGGGAAUGUCAUUCGGUCUGUGCUCACUGACAAACGGGAGAAAUACUACGAUGGGAAGGGGAUUGGCUGUUACAUGUUUCGCAUUGAUGACUACGAGGUGGUAGAUGCUACAGUGCAUGGCAACGCUGCCCGCUUCAUUAACCACUCCUGUGAGCCUAACUGCUACUCUCGGGUCAUCACCACAGACGGCCAGAAGCACAUCGUCAUCUUUGCCUCUCGCCGCAUCUACCGUGGAGAGGAGCUCACAUAUGACUACAAGUUCCCUAUUGAGGAUGCCAGCAACAAGCUGCCCUGCAACUGCGGUGCAAAGAAGUGUCGCAAGUUCCUCAACUGAUGCCCAGAUCUAAACAACUUGAAGAUGACCUCUGAGCAACAGUGCCACAAUGGCCUGUUUGCCAUAGAACUGGUGUUAAUGGCAGUUUUCUAGGUUGUGGCUACGGAGGAUCUUGGCUUCUGCAGGCAUUGACAGAGAUGGCAGUUUUAGGUCUUAUUGUAAAUGUGGGAAUGGCCAUUUUGAGCACGAGACAUUUGUAGAAAUUCCAACAUAUUGUGCCUCCUUUUUGUCCGAUUUACAUUUGGCAUUGAAAGUUUCACCUGCAGAGGUGAGAGACAAAAUCACAGCAUUGCAAUAUUAAUUUCUAUUUAUAUUUGGAUGAUAAAGUUGAUCCUUUCAUAAGUUUUUACAUUGGCCCAUCCUCCUUAGUUUGUUAGAAAUAUGUUAUGAUCUUCAAAUGUGAACUUAGAAAGAAAAAGAAAAAUCAAAGAACUUGGUUCCAUUUUACACCAAAGUGCAAUUUGUUGAAGGGAUUUGUAACGGUAACUUUAAUAGAAAAAAAAUUGAGAACCUUUUAGCUUUUAUUUUAUUAUGAUUUGAGCUCAAUGUCAGCCGUUGUUGAUGCACAUCUCCCUGUCUGAAUGUGCCCUGAUGCCUUCAGAGCUGUUAUGACUGACUAAAAAGCUUGUAAGUGUAACCAUUUAAACCUGUAAAUAGGAGCUGCUGGUGUAAAGCAGCCUGAUCAGAGCUGUAUAGGUGGGAGCACUAGGGGGCGCAAUGGCCACAGCAAAGAAGAGACAGGUGGAAUAAAAGAGACAGGAGAGGAGAAAGAUUCUGUUAAAAAGAUAAGAGUUUAUUUUUGACCAUUGAUGUAAAGGAUGUUAUCAGAGGUUGAUACCAUCUUUGAAUUGAACUUUGGUCUGACAGCUUGGUUGCCACAUAGACGUGUUGCUGAUAGGAUGAAGCCUCUGGCCUGAAAAAAGCGAGGCAGCUAGAGAUUCUGGUGGACUGACAGCAGAGGGACCAGAAAAACCUACUGAUGCGCUUGAGUAGAGAUACUUUUAAUUGAUUUUUGGAGCUGUGUUCCAGACACAAGGUCCUAUAGAAGUGCACAGACUUGCUACGAGUUUGCGCGUGCUGUUGUUAAUAUCCAACUUGUUUUUGGUAAUUGUAUAAGCUCAGAUUUUUUAAUCACGUUCCAAAUAACAGCAGCAAGAGAACCAAACAUCACACCCUUGAAUUAAAUUUUCACUUGACUUGAUUUGUUCUUGGCCUGAUGUGAUAACCGUAACUAUGGAGAUAUGUGUUUUUAUUUGUUGUCUGUUAACUGUCUUUUUAUUAUGGACAGGGAAUAUCAUGCUUUUAAAAAAAAAUGUAAAUAAUGUAUAUUUUUCUACAAAAAAAAAGAAAAAACUUAAAAAGCACUCACUAGUGAAUAGCACUUAAUGAUGGUAUUUAUAUAAAAAAAUCAUAUUUAUUUUAUUGCCAUUUUUGUAGGGAAUAGAGGUUUACAAACACUAAUGCUUGGUCUCUAUGUUUUGUACUCCACUGCCUUUUCAAAGCUGUUGUUGUAAUUUUAUUCUUUUUUUUUUUGUUUGUUUUGUUUUAUUUUAUUUUUUUAGCCAGAAUGUUUUUCUUUAUUUCCAAAGACUGACGCUGGUCUGUGGCUUGGUUCCCUUUUAGUUCAGUCCACCAGUAGCUCUUCAUCUUCCCCAGGCCGUUUGGCCAGAGCUGUUUUUUUUUUUGUUUGUUUGUUUGUUUCCUUUGUUCCAGUUCUAGCUGGUAGUAUGGCAGUCAUGUGAACUAUUAUUAUGCACUUGAGAGAGCUUAGAUUGUUAAUCCAUGGCAGAUAUCUCCUCUCUCCAGCCUUAUCGUCUCCACACCACAUCACACAGAGAAUCAAGUCUGCUUACAGUCUGCUACCAAAUCCAAAUGGUUCAGUAAUCAGCCAUGGGCCAACUGGCAUUUAACUAUUUAUAUUUGUAAAAUUCAACCCGCCAUUUUUAAGUCCCUCUACAGACUUGGUCUAUGAUAAAGAGGUGCCUUUAUUUAACCUUUACAGACAGCACUCAUCAUAUCUCCAUUCGAAUUUGCUAAUUAAAUGCAUUUUCUUGGUGACCGCUCAGCACUCACCAGCAUUUGGAAACUUUUUUUUUUUGUUUAGUCUCCUUGAUGUUUGCCUUAGUUGUAACCAAGCAUGCCUCUUAACUUACUUUCAAGCCUUCUUGUCCUGACCAUUGCAGCCGACCGUUUAGGCCGGCUGCUUCCACCAUUCUGUCCCUUUUUUAAAAAAUUAAUUUAUUGUCACCUGCCAUCCAUGCUGAAUUCGUUACGACCUUUGGCUGUUAGCAGUUAAUCCCACACUGCCCCUUGUGUUUGUGAGCUGAAACUAAAUUAUGACCUACAAAUGGUUUGCACUUGAGCUGUGACAUAGGCACUGAAUAGAUAUUAAAAAAGCAGCUCUUUGUCCAGACAGACAUCACAACUCCAAUGCUGAAACCACAAGCACAGAUAGUCACUUCAAAUGCUUUGAGUUUGUGUAUCAGGCUCCUGACAGUGGUGUUUCAGGCUCAAGCAAAGUGCACUUGAUUCUUUCUCUUCAACAAAGUGAAGGCAGGGACCACACCAGCAGCCCUCUCCUUCCUGAUGGUGCCAUGCACGCGGCCUUGACUGGCAUGUCGGUGUCGCGGUCGCACUGCAGCACCAACAUUGGGCACGCUGGGUUCUGCUGCUAAGGUCAACAAUGAAUGUAUAUUCUUCCUCCACAUCACCAGACUUGUGAUGAUAAUACUUUAUCAGCUGUGUUUGUUUUGAGUUCUUGUGUAACCAUCCUGAUUGUUAAGGAAGUUGUAGAUGAGACUUCAAACUGGGCAGCAGCAGUUUCAUUUCAGCACUGGGAAUAAUACUGAAGUGAGAACAGAAGCAGUAUUUCUGUCUGUAGGACCGCAGGUUCUUCCUGGUUUAGCUCAAACAGUUCACGCCAGCAUCAGUGAGCACAUGUCCACCGAUGCUAAGGGCUCUGUUUACGACUCACUUCACAAGCUCCACUUCUGCAUUUUCAGGGUCAGUUUUCAGUGAACAAUAAGUCAGUUUUACCGUUUUAAACAGCAUUUAAACAGUAAGGAAAUGACUUCUGUUGUUUCUUUGGACAUUUUACCAUGCCACACCAGUGGCUCUUCUCCGUCUUCAUCUGUAAUUAUAGUAUAAAUACUUAAAAAUAUUAUACGGAAACAUGCAUAGUAAUUUCUUGUACUUUAGUAUCUAUACAAUAUAUGGAAUGGAACAGACAAACUUAGUUACAGUAGCAAAACAGCGGAUUUGUAAUGGUAAUAGCAAUGUUUCAAUGUACUCUAUAAUGGUUUUGUGUUACAGUACUAUCAGAUAAAACUAACGUGCAUCAUUCUUUAUGUAUAUUGAUAUCCAGUACCAGUUUUGCUGUGCCUGUGUGUGUUCCUUCACCAGUGAGGAGCGCUGCAGUUUUCCUUUUCUUUCUGGAACGGAACAGUUUUUAUGUGAUGAGAAAUGUAACUGUAUUACUUGUGGUUGUGAACUUCUCAAGGUCAUCCAUUUGGGUUUAUGUUUUGUUUUUGUUUUUUUCCCGUUUUUUUGUAUUUUUCUGGUUGUUGUAGUGAAUGUUUUUUAUGUUAACAGGGACUUUAUAGACAGUAAAAAUAAGAGAUUGGUUUGUGGAGACAGGCCAGGAUACAAGAAUACCUGGAUUUGAAAGAUAUCACCAAAAUGGCUCCUUCUUUUUUUUUUUCUUUUUUCUUUUAUUUUCUUUUAUUUGGGAAAGCUCUUAUGUCUCCCUGAACACCCCUCUCUUCUCUGAAGCUUUGGUUGUACUUAUCAUGUACUGUUUUUUAUAGAAAGUCAUAAUGCUGAUGUUGAAAACAUUUAAUUUAUUUAUUUUGUGCAGCAUCCACCCUGAAUUGUUCUUACACAAGUCAAGGUUUUGCAGAUGUUGGACAAGUACUUAACCUGUAUUUGUAAUUUUCCAAUUGUUUGUUGUGUAUAGACGUUGUCUGGCUAUGACGGGAUGGGGUGUCAGAGGGAGCUGGCAGUAGGAUGUGCAGAAUGAGGGAUCAUGAACAGGCUUGCUUUCUUUUGCCUUGAAAAUACUAUUGUCUUAUAUCAAUAUCUCUCCUCCUGCUCUGUGUAAUAACGGUAUUCACAACAGUCAUACUUUCUCCCAUUCAACAGUGUUCUUUCAGUACACAUCAAUGAAAUGAAGGAAAACCACCACCGUGAAAAAAAACCACAGACUUCUUGGGUGAAUGUAUAAUUAGGAAAUAAAGUUGUACAUACGUGUAAAAAGAAAAGUUUCUAAUCAUGUUUAUUUUCUAUGCACUUUUUUAUUUAAGUGAUAGUUUAAAUAAUAAACAUGUCUCCUUUA